AUGAAACGGCCACUAACCCAGCACCUAACCACGAUUCUGAAAGACGAAAACCACACUGCUCUGCGAAUUUCCACGAAGACAAACGCUCAGAAGCGUCCUCCUUCGUGCUAUAUGAUGCCGAGCGUGGACUCUGAUCCGGGGGAUCGUGACUCGGAGCCAUUCGUAGAGGUCGAUCCGAGCGGCCGGUAUGGGCGGUACAGCGAGCUGCUCGGUUCCGGCGCAGUGAAGAAAGUGUAUCGCGCAUUUGAUCAAGAGGAAGGAAUAGAGGUGGCAUGGAACCAAGUGAAAUUGCGAAACUUUUGCGAAGAUCAAGCAAUGAUGGAUCGUGUUUUUUCCGAGGUUAGAUUGCUGGGGACUCUGACGAAUAAGAAUAUUAUUGCUUUGUACAGUGUGUGGAGAGACGAACAAAGAAAUAUUUUGAAUUUCUUUACUGAAGUUUGUACCUCUGGGAAUUUGAGAGAGUAUAGGAAGAAGCACAAGCACGUUUCAACGAAGGCGUUGAAGAAGUGGUCAAAGCAAAUUCUCAAGGGUUUGGAGUAUUUGCAUACUCAUGAGCCGUGUAUCAUUCAUAGAGAUCUCAAUUGUAGCAACGUCUUCAUCAAUGGCAACGAUGGUCAAGUGAAGAUUGGUGAUUUGGGUUUGGCAGCAAUAGUUGGGAAGAACCACUCUGCACAUUCCAUACUGGGAACGCCAGAAUUCAUGGCACCAGAGUUAUAUGACGAGGAUUAUAAUGAAUUGAUUGAUAUUUAUUCGUUUGGGAUGUGUGUGCUAGAGAUGGUGACUCUGGAAUUACCUUAUAGUGAGUGUGACAAUGUUGCUAAGAUAUACAGAAAGGUGACAUCUGGGGUGAGGCCGCAGGCAAUGAACAAGGUGAAAGACCCAGAGAUGAAGGCUUUCAUUGAGAAGUGCCUCGCUCAGCCGAAGGCGAGACCCUCUGCCUCUGAUCUCCUUAAGGACCCAUUCUUUGAUGAGAUUGUAGAUGAUGAUGAUGAUGAUGAUGACGAAAAUGCAGAUGAUGCUUACAUAAGCUGACUAAUGGAUAAUUGUGAAUAUUGGGUAAGUCGGCUAUUGUUGAUUUUGAUCUUUUCUUUGACUUUUUUUUUUUUUUGGGUGGGGGGAGAGAGAGAUGGAUGAUUUGGGAUUUGAGCUGUGACAUUCAAAAUUACUCCUUGUUUUCUUAUUAAGGUUUUUUAGUUGUUGCAAAACAGUGGUUUGGGGGAGGUAUUAUUGAAUUUUUUUCUUCUUAUUUAAGUGUUUUUGGUUGUUGCAAAACAGGUGUUUG